CAAAUACUGAAUCCAUUAUGGCGCGUGAGGAGAAUGUGUACAUGGCGAAGCUUGCUGAGCAAGCUGAAAGAUACGAAGAAAUGGUGCAGUUCAUGGAGAAAGUUUCAACUUCAUUAGGCUCAGAGGAACUCACCGUUGAGGAACGGAAUCUCCUUUCCGUUGCUUACAAAAACGUUAUCGGGGCUCGUAGAGCCUCGUGGCGUAUUAUCUCUUCCAUUGAACAGAAGGAGGAGUCGAGGGGAAAUGAGGAACAUGUUAAAUGUAUAAAGGAGUACAGAUCUAAGAUUGAAUCUGAACUUUCUAAUAUUUGUGAUGGAAUUCUCAAGCUCCUUGAUUCUAAUCUCAUUCCUUCAGCUUCUAAUGGCGAUUCUAAGGUGUUUUACCUUAAAAUGAAGGGUGAUUAUCAUCGUUAUUUGGCUGAAUUUACGACCGGAGCUGAACGUAAGGAAGCUGCUGAGAGCACUCUCUCUGCCUACAAAGCUGCUCAGGAUAUUGCAAAUACUGAACUUGCCCCAACACAUCCAAUCCGACUUGGACUGGCUCUCAACUUCUCUGUGUUUUAUUAUGAGAUUUUGAACUCUCCUGACCGUGCUUGCAAUCUUGCUAAACAAGCAUUUGAUGAAGCAAUUGCCGAGUUGGACACACUGGGAGAAGAAUCUUACAAGGAUAGCACUUUGAUCAUGCAACUUCUUCGUGACAAUCUCACUCUCUGGACCUCUGAUAUGCAGGAUGAUGGUGCUGAUGAAAUUAAGGAAACCAAACCCGACAAUGAACAACAGUGAGGGAACUGGUCCUCAGAUUAUCAUUUGACUUCUUCCUGGUUGUUUUUAAUGGGAGAAGCUGCUUCUUUUUAUUUCCUUUCUCCUGUGUUUCGGGUUUCCCUUUAGCGUUCUCUUAUCCAUGGCAACGAACAACUUUGAAUAUUGAUGUUCAAUUGUUUCAUUUUACUUUAAUGUGGUUCUUUCUGGUGCUUAGUUUCUAUGAAAGCAUUUCAGUUGUAUUUGUGAACUGGAUUUAUAAAAUGGUAUAUCAAAGUGAUACUCAGCAAUCGGGUUUCAAUCAA